CGCACCCCAGUUUGUUUUGAUUACGUAUCGAAUCGAAGAACAGAAAAAAAUCAAUGAACAAAAUCUACUGAACUAAAUUUAAUAAAAUUGCAAUGGAUACAACAAAUUACCGUUAUUUGUAAGAACAGAACCGCAAUUAUGUCUAAAUUACCCAAAGCAGCUCUUAGCUUGAAGCAGUUUAUGCUCCGCCAGGAGGUCCUCAAGCUGUACCGGACCAUCUUCCGCACGAUCCGACAGGUUCCGGACGCAUCCAGCCGGCACGAACUGCGCGAGUGGGCCCGGUCCGAUUUCCGCGCCAACCGCAACCAGACCGAAGAGCUGGCCAUCAAAAUGCUCAUCCAGCACGCGAAUCGUUCGCUCAAGGAGUUGCAGACCAGCCUGGAGCUGAGCGGAACGCCGGCGGGGACAAAAGCAGCGAAAUAGAAAUGUCGUAGUUUUUUUAAGUAUAUUUUCCUUUCACAAUUAUAGAGAUAAGAGACAUUUCCGAGCGUCGGUUGUUCAAUAAAUUAGACAUGCCUCCAGCAGAGUGUGAGUUCAAUCCAAA